GUCAUCCUAGUCGCUAAGCUACCGGGCUAGCUAGCAGCUGGAGGAGUCCCUCAAAUACCAUCAAAUAACACCAAAAUGUCAACAUCGGAGGAAACCAGCGAGAGCAUUCUCCCCUGUGUCCUUGUCACCAGCUGUGGCAGUGAGAUUAAAGAAGAAGAACUGAUAAAACAAAUCCUCAAUUCGAAGACUUUACCUGAGCCGAUCAAGCAAGAGGGAACAGUGUCCUGGUACCCUUGGACCAUCAGCAACAAAUAUUAUACAGCAGAUGUCCGACUGUGUGCUGUGCCAAGUACUUUUCAAAUGUCUGCAGAGAUUGCCCAGUCUAUGCAGGCUUUCAUUGCUUACUUUGAUAGUAAAGUGAACGAUGGGCUGGAAAAGGUAAAACCGUGGAUUUCAGUGGUGGAAGACCUUGCUCCCGAGGUGCUCAUUCUAGUGUGUGACAGAGUCUGUGAAGAUGGUGUCACUAGACACGAAGCACAACAGUGGUGUUUGGCUCAUGCGUUUGAGCUUGUGGAGCUUAAUCCACAGGAGCUGCCGGAUGAGGAUGAUGACUUUCCAGAAUCUACAGGAGUAAAAAGAAUUGUGCAGGCUCUGAAUGCUAAUGUGUGGUCCAGUGUGGAGAUGAAGGAUGGGCACAAUCAGGGCUUCGGUCUUAUGAGCAGUUUGGUGGCUGCCAGACAUAACAACCCACGUAACAGCCAGGAUCCACCAUCCUCCAGCUUGCCAGCAGAAAGCCUGCUCACAAAUGAGGAGACCGACAAAACAGACAGUAGUAAAAACACAGGCACACAGGAGUCAGUAGUGGAUGCAAUGACUGAUUUAGACAUUCAGGAGCUCGCCAAUCUCACAACAGGAGAUUCAGAUGUGGAUAAUUUUGAGCGCCUCUUUACUAAAUUGAAAGAGAUGAAAGAUAAAGCUUCUUCAUUACCACAUGAGCAAAGAAAAGUUCAUGCAGAAAAAGUGGCAAAAGCAUUUUGGAUGGCCAUUGGUGGCGAUGAAGAUGAAGUAGAGGGGAUAUCAUCGGGUGAGGAAAGCUAAAAGCAGCUACAUAAGACUGAAUCGCUCCUAUUCCUGCGGCUUGCACAACACUCGGCACCAGUCGAUGACCGAUUGGUGCUCGGGAAGUGGAAAUGCUUACAGAUGGUACUGUUAGCAUAGUGGCAUUUACAAACUUAUGAUACUUACAAAUAAUCAAUCAGUGUACUGAGAAAAACUAAUGGAUGCUAUGACGACGGAGAAGCCAGUAAGUGAGCCUACUCUUAAGUCUUCCACCCUGCAUCCUUCACCUUUUAGCCCCAGGUGAACUAUUGUAUAUGAUCAUAAUGCAGGUGGGAAAGAAAACAUAAUUUUUUUAGUUUUGUGUGUCUUUAGGUGCAGUGGACAGAUGUGUUUUUAUUUGUUCCAUAUGUGCCUUAUCCUUAGAGUUCAAAGAGAUUUAAUGCAAAUUCUAAUGAAUUAACGUAAAACCUUUGUAAUUUAUCUUAAAAGGCUUUUUAGUGAGAGUGGUGUAUUUAUUGUGAACAUUGUCGUACUACAUAACGAGGGCCGAAGAACAUAACCUCCUAUCUGCAAAAUUGUCUGACUGGUGUUUUUCACUUUAGAUGACAUCACAAGGUGGGCUGCACCUAAUCAGCCUGUCUGUACGUUAUUUCCACCCAUAUGUAUAGAGGUAUCCUUAACAAAAAAUAGCAUUCUACAACAAAACAACAGUUUUUUGUGUUUUCCCAAAAAAGUUAAAUUUUCAGAUAGGAGGGUUAUGUUCUUCGGCCCUCGAUAAGUGAAUAUGAAUCGACUUAUUCUAGUCAAAUAAAAGAUAUACACAUAUGCCGAAUUAGAAUUUCAAGUAAUUCAGGCAUGUUGGUAUUUCUAAUACUCUCUUCUAGAUUUGUAGAGCAGCAGCGAAACAGCUGGGGUGUUUCACAAACGCCAGUGUCAGAGGAUGAACGAGGGGGUGACUCACCUGAUGAAUUUCUGGCAGCAGUCAUAAGAGGACACUAAUAUCACUUUGCAUCCAAGGUUCAAUGAUUUUUCUGAUUUGUGUCACUGUGAAUAAGAGACUUAGGAGAAAAAAAAAAACUUUGUCUGUUGCAGUUUAUUGAAAUUUCACAUUUAAAACAGUGGUCAUUUGAGAGCAAAUCAAAUAUUAGGCUUACAUUGGGGGGGGGGGGGGUGGGGGUCAUGUAAGACUUAGAACAGAAAACUGACUUUCAACAUCAAGGAACACAAGAACUGAUACAGAUCUACCACCUAAAUGUACUGUAGUACACAGUAUUAGCAUGAUGAGCAUUACAACUGGUGACUUAGUCUUAUGUACUUUUAAGUGCAGGAUUAACAAUGUUGCAUCAGUCAGUGAGCAUGGACAGUGAGCAUAUUACACAUGCCAUAUAUCAUAACAAUGUACAUUUGAUAAUACAGUGCUUAUUGGACAAGCAGGUUACCACUACAACUAAAGCAUUGCAACACAUUAAAGUGGAGGUGCAUCAUUUACACAGGAGCAUGGUUUAACAUUGGUUAUUGUUAAUAAUGCAAAAUGUUUUUCUCCUCUUUCUCCACAUCCCAUUGAUAGAUAAACUGUAGCCUUGAUUGUUAUACUUUCACACUUAAGUCAAGUGGUGUCCAAUCAGUUUAUUGUGAAAAUGCAUACUGUACAACCAGAAAAAAAAGUGUGGAGAAUACAAAAAAUAAAAAUAAAUACAUCUGA